GGCUCGGAGGGAGCGGUGGGAAGAUCCUGAGGCUCCCCCCGUUUCCCAGCUCUCCAGGAUGAGAGAGGUUUGGGGGCGGCUUUUCCCCUCUCCCUGUAGUUGAUAGUUUGGGAAGCAGAGGUGAUGCUGGAGGCGAGAUGGCGGACAGCGUGAGAACCUUCCUUCAUGACCUCGUCAGGGGAAUCAAGGACUCCAUCUGGGGCAUCUGCACCAUCUCCAAGCUGGAUGCCCGGAUCCAGCAGAAGAGGGAAGAGCAGAGGCGGAGGAGGGCGAACAGCGCGCUCGCCCAGCGCAGGCUGCACAUGGAGGAGAAGAAGCAAGAGAACGAACCGCGGAUUGUGAGCAGGAUCUUCCAGUGCUGCGCCUGGAACGGAGGUGUCUUCUGGCUCAGUCUCUUCUUGUUUUACCGAGUGUUCAUCCCCGUCCUCCAGUCGGUCACGGCGCAGAUCAUCGGUGACCCGUCCCUGCACGGCGACGUCUGGUCCUGGCUGGAGUUCCUCCUCACCUCCAUCUUCAGCGCCCUCUGGGUCCUUCCCCUCUUCGUGCUCAGCAAGGUCGUCAACGCCAUCUGGUUCCAGGACAUCGCCGACCUGGCAUUCGAGGUCUCGGGCCGGAAGCCUCACCCCUUCCCCAGCGUCAGCAAGAUCAUCGCCGACAUGUUGUUCAACCUCCUGCUGCAGGCGCUGUUCCUCAUCCAGGGAAUGAUCGUCAGCCUCUUCCCCAUCGACCUGGUCGGGCAGCUCGUCAGCCUCCUCCACAUGUCGCUGCUCUACUCGCUCUACUGCUUCGAGUACCGAUGGUUCAACAAAGGGAUCGAGAUGCACCAACGGUUGUCCAACAUCGAGAGGAACUGGCCCUACUACUUCGG